GGUAACUAAGUCGAAAAACAUAACCAUACUCCAUAUAGUUUAUAGAAUUGAGAUAAGGUUGGAGGAGAAGCCAUUUCAAUGGCUACUAAUCUCUCAGCACCACCUCUCUCACCAUAUCUCUCCUCCCAUAACCACCACCGCCGCCGCUGCCCGCUCCAUUUCGCCUCCCCACUUCGUCUUCCCGCCAAGAAAAGAUGUCCCAUUUCAUGCGCCGCAUCCAAGAGAGCUCCUCCGCCGCCCUCCGCCGUCGCCGGCGAGCAGCAAAGCCCAUCCCUAGCCGACCAGCUCAAACCUUUGUCCACCACCAUUCUCUCCGACCAACCCAACGAAGCCCAGCUCCUAUCCAAGCCCAAAUCCACUUGGGUUAAUCCCACCAAGUCCAGACCCUCCGUCCUCUCUCUCCAGCGCCACAAACGCUCCUCUCCUUACUCGCACAAUCCCCAAAUCAAGGACCUCAGAAACUUCGCCAAGAAAUUGAACGAUUGCGAGGAAUCCCAAUUCUCCGCUGUAAUUGAGGGAAUCCCUCACCCACCCACAAGAGAAAACGCCCUAUUAGUUCUCAACAGCUUGCGGCCAUGGCAAAAGACCCUACUUUUCUUCGAUUGGGUAAAAGCUCAGAACGCAUUUCCUAUGGAAACCAUCUUUUACAAUGUCACAAUGAAAUCUUUGAGGUUUGGCCGCCAAUUUCAGCACAUUGAGGGUCUUGCUCUAGAUAUGGUUGAGAAGGAAAUCCCUCUUGACAACAUCACGUAUUCCACCAUUAUCACUUGUGCAAAAAGGUGCAAUCUUUUUGAUAAAGCUGUGGAGUGGUUUGAGAGAAUGUAUAAAACUGGGUUGAUGCCUGAUGAGGUCACUUAUUCCGCUGUGUUGGAUGUGUAUGCUAAAUUGGGGAAGGUGGAGGAGGUGAUGAGCUUGUAUGAGCGAGGUAGAGCUAGUGGGUGGAAGCCUGAUGAAAUUGCUUUUGCUGUUUUGGCGAAGAUGUUUGGUGAGGCAGGGGAUUAUGAUGGGAUCAAGUAUGUUCUGCAAGAGAUGAAGUCUCUAGGGAUUCAACCUAAUUUGGUUGUUUAUAAUUCUUUGCUCGAGGCUCUUGGUAAGGCUGGCAAGCCUGGUUUGGCCAGGAGUUUGUUUGAGGAGAUGGUGGAAUCGGGUGUUUCCCCGAACGAGAAGACGCUUACGGCCUUGAUCAAGAUAUAUGGUAAGGCUAGGUGGGCUAGGGAUGCAUUGCAGCUUUGGGAGAGGAUGAGGUUGAAUGGAUGGCCUGUGGAUUUCAUCUUGUACAACACGUUGCUGAGCAUGUGUGCUGAUCUCGGGCUUGUGGAGGAGGCGGAGAAGCUUUUUGAGGACAUGAAAGGGUCAGAGAAGUGCAAGCCGGAUAGCUGGAGUUACACUGCCAUGCUUAACAUAUAUGGGAGUGGAGGCAGUGUUGAUAAGGCCAUGGUCUUGUUUAGGGAGAUGUCUGAGGCUGGUGUGCAGCUCAAUGUGAUGGGGUGCACUUGUUUGAUCCAGUGCUUGGGGCGGGCGAAGAGGAUUGAUGACUUGGUGAAUGUGUUUGAGUUUGCUGUGGAGAAUGGAGUGAGGCCAGAUGAUAGGUUGUGUGGUUGCUUGCUCUCUGUUGUGUCCUACUGCGAUGGCAAGGAUGCUAGUAAGGUUCUUGCUUGUUUGGAACGAGCAAACAAGACAUUGUCUGCAUUUGUGAAGGUGCUCAGUGGCGAUGAGAGCACUGACUUUGAUGCUCUGAAGGAAGAGUUCAAGCGGAUAUUGAGCAGCACGGCUGUUGAGGCGAGGAGGCCGUUUUGCAACUGUUUGAUUGACAUAUGUAGGAAUAGGAACCACCAUGAGAGAGCUCAUGAGCUUCUCUACUUAGGGACUUUGUACGGUUUGUAUCCCGGUUUGCACACCAAGACUGAGGAUGAAUGGCGGUUGAAUGUCCGGUCACUGUCAGUUGGAGCUGCUCACACCGCGUUGGAGGAGUGGAUGGGUACUCUGGCUAAGAUUGUGCAACGCAAGGAGAGUUUGCCUGCAUUGUUCUCUGCCAACACGGGGUCAGGGAACCACAAGUUCUCUCAAGGUUUGGGGAGCGCCUUCGCCUCCCAUGUGGAGAAGCUUGCGGCUCCUUUCACAGAGAGUGAGGGGAAGGCCGGUUUGUUCACUGCUACACGGGAAGAUAUGGUGUUGUGGCUGCAAUCAAGAGCGCCCUCGUCUGUGACCACAGCAUGAGUGCAGUUGCCUAGGCGCCAAUUGCAAGAGUUUUGGACAUUGUAUACUUUUCUUUAUAGCUGGCUUUACUUUGUUGUGGCCUUUGUCAUAGGGCAAAUUGAUAUUUGAAAGUAAUAUUAAGACUACAUUUCUCA